UCAUGAUAUAAAAAAUGGUAGCAUACAUAUUUUAGAUGGCAACUAAUCAAGGUGUUCUAACUAUCCCAAUUCCAAUAUGUGUUUACUAGUUGAUUUGAUUUGUAUAUCAUAUGCGUAACUAUUGACUCACAUGUUUCUCAGAAACAAUAUCUGAUGAUAAACUCCCCCUUAAAGAAAAAUGGCAUGUAAAAGCGGAACAGUUGCCGCUCUCUUGACAUUUGCUCACACACAGGAUGAGACCGCAGCAACUAAGACGUUGUGAGAGAGACGGGAGGAAGUAACAGGCAGAUUUCACAAGCUGCAAAGAAAGGCAGAGGGCACCUAUUGUUUGACUGAAGAAAAUUAGUUUGGGACUCACAACUAGUAUGGCUGCCUGGGAUCUGUCUGUGACAGUGGAGGAGCUUGGCCCAGAGGCCCCACCCCUCAAAGUUAGCGUGACCUCAGACCUGCACAUUGGUGGCGUCAUUCUCAAAAUUGUGGAGAAGACACAGAUAAAGAAGGAUUGGUCAGACCAUGCCCUGUGGUGGGAACAGAAGCAGCAGUGGCUGCUCCGACCAUCCUGGACCCUUGAGAAGUAUGAAAUCCAUGCCGACGCUCGCCUGAGCCUCACCCGCCAGCACAAGCCUCUAAGACUGGGGCUACCCAACGGAACCACCCUGAGGCUUCAGGCCUGCUUCUCUCGUCCAGUCUUCCAAACGGUCAUGGGGGUCUGUCAUUUGCUGAACCUGCGUCACCCAGAGGAGCUGUCGUUGUUACGGCCAAUGGAGGUGAAGAAAAAGAAAAAAGACAAGGAGGCAGAAGAGGAAGUAGUAUACGAUCUAACAGGCCUUCGGACCUCAUCAGGUCCAGCUCACACCCUGUCCAAUGGCAUGCCUAUGCACUUUGCUGACUCACUGCAGACUGAGGCUGUGUAUAAGAUGUUGUCUGUCAGCCUACCUGCACCUGCUCCUGAGACUAUCACCAAGAUGCCCCGUCCCACCAGCCUUAUGGACAAGGCACAAGUUCACAGCAGAUGGCUGGAUUCGUCUCGUUCUCUGCUCCAACAGGGAGUGCAGGAGCAUGACAGGCUGCUACUACGCUUCAAAUACUACUGCUUCCAUGAUCUGGAUCCCAAGUAUGAUGCGGUCCGUCUGACCCAGCUGUAUGAGCAGGCUCGCUGGGCCAUCUUGCUGGAGGAUGUUGACUGCACAGAGGAAGAGAUGAUGCUCUUUGCUGCCCUUCAGUACCACAUUGGUAAGGUGUCUCUGUCAGAGCCCCAGCCGAUGACAUCAUGUCCUGCCAUGGAUGAUCUUGACUCUGCCCUUCAGUGUUUGGAGGUGAAGAUGGAAGCGGAGGAGAGUAUCACUGCGGACAUGCUGGAAACAAUGACAGUAGCACCAGAGCUGCAGGACUACUUGAAAAUCUUCAGACCAAAAAGACUGACACUAAAGGGCUAUAAACAGUUCUGGUUCGCAUUCAACAACACAUCCAUCUCCUACUACAAGAGUAAAGAGGAGAGCCUCAAGGAACCCAUUCAGCAGAUGAACCUCAAAGGCUGUGAGGUGGCCCCAGACGUUAGUGUGGCUGGUCAGAAGUUCUGCAUCAGACUGCUGAUCCCUGGGGCUGAGGGCAUGAACGAAGUCUACCUACGCUGUGAGAAUGAGCUGCAGUACAGCAGGUGGAUGGCAGCUUGCCGUUUAGCCUCCAAAGGGAAGACACUAGCAGACAGCUCUUUCUCUAGUGAGGUGCAGAAUAUCCAGUCCUUCCUGGCCAUGCAGCGAACCAACCCUGGGGCCAAUACUGCACAGACUGAUGACAGCAUCAACACAUACAGCCUUGUAUCCCCACGCUACCACAAAAAGUACAAAGCCAAACAGCUAACUCCACGCAUCCUGGAAGCCUAUCAGAAUGUGGCCCAGCUCCCUCUAACAGAUGCCCUCCUCAGGUUUCUUCAAAUCUGGCAGGGUCUACCUGACUUUGGGGUGUCCUAUUUUGUGGUGAGAUUUAAGGGAGGCCGUAAAGAUGAAGUCCUUGGGGUCACCAACAACCGUCUCAUCCGCAUUGACCUCAGCAUAGGAGAUGUGGUGAAGACAUGGAGAUACAACACCAUGAGGCAGUGGAAUGUCAACUGGGAUAUUCAACAGAUGGCCAUUGAGUUCAAUGGUAAUGUGAACAUUGCCUUCAGCUGUGUGACUGCAACCUGCAAGAUUGUGCACGAGUACAUUGGGGGCUACAUCUUCAUGGCCACACGCACCAAAGAGCAGGCCGUGGUGUUGAACCAGGAGCUCUUCUUCAAACUGACUGGUGGUCAUGAAGCCAUCUAAACAUCCAUGAAUAUCUGUAUCUCAGAAUGCACCUCUUCAUGGUUUUACGUUACAUGGACAUGCAGUAUUAGAACAGGUUUUCAGAGUGACCAAGACUUUCAAUGGGAAAGUGGUCAGUUGAACACGUUCUGCAUAGGCUACCAUUUCCACAAUUGUAUUGUUAUUACUCGACCAUACAAUAUGUUUUUCUGGCGUUAUAGAAGUCCAUUUAGUUUUCAAAUGUUUGUGUAUUUUUGUAUUGAAAUGUAUUCAAUAGGCUACAUCAAUAAUAUUAAAUGAAUGGCAAGCAAAACAAAUGGCUUAUUAUUUGCUCUGUUGUUGUGGUUGUUAAAAAUAAUAAGAUGUAAAAGGUGCACAUUUAUCACCAAGGCAUAAAGCCUGAUGGAAGGAUGGAGGCCAUAGAAGUCUGACGGGGGAAACUUUUUGCCCGCACUGCAGAUGGCUAUGUCGGUUUUGUUGUUGUCAUUAUUCCGAUUUUUCAGGGGGUUGCAGCAGCACCCCUACUUCCCAUGUCUAUAAGGCAGGCCUACAUUCACAGUCAGACAAAGGCUGUUUUAGGCUUAUCUCACAGGACUGAAUAAUUCAGCUUUAUUAGUUUCAAUUUGUAUUAGUGGUACAUUGAGCUCCAAAGUAUGUUUGGUUGUUGUUUUGGCUCUGUACUCCCACACUUUGGAUUUGAAAUGAUAGAAGGACUUUGAGGUUAAAGUUCAGACUGUCAACUUUAAAUUGAGGGUAUUUUCAUCCAAAUCUGGUGAACCGUUUAGAAAUUAAAGCACUUUUUGUACUUAGUCCCCUCCAUUUUAGUGGGCUAAAAGUAUUGGGACAAAUUCUCUUAUAUGUCUAUUAAAGUAGUAAAAAGUAAA